AUGCCACGCGGAGACUUCAACGUCCAUUUCGCAAGCAGAGGCGGUGGAUUAUAUGUUCGAGCUGAAGAGGCAGCAGGAAUAGCUCUCCUGGUCAUCAUUCUCGCAGCUCUCCUCAUAAUCGGAUGUUGGUACUUCAAGAGAAGGAGUGGGUACAAAAUGAUUCGGCCUCAAAAUGCAAGUCAGUCCUGGAGGUCGUUGAUGAGUUCAGGCCAGUACAGAGACGGAGGAGCAGCUGCCGAGAACAAAGUUGCGCUCAAUGAGUUCAGCAGCCUACGUCAAGUGGUGCCCAAUGCUCCUCCAGCAUAUGAGAAGAUUUCCUCUGACCUCUUACCCCCUCCCUACUCACCCUGA